CCAACUCCUAACACUCUUUGUCGAUACAUUCAACCGCUUCUUUCGGUUUCUCUUCUCCUUCCCUUUAUCCGCCUUCCCUCUUCUCAUAAUCAAAAUGGUCAAGAUCGUCUCCUUUGCUCUGCUUUCCAUCGCUACUGCCAUCUCGGCUGUCUCUGCCCUUGACGCUGCUGGUCAGUUCAAGCGCCUCGGUGCCUGCCCCACCCUCGGAUGUGUCUUCCCCCCAGAUAGGGCUGAGUUCCUUGCUGGUGCCCACUUUGACGUCCGUGUCGAGGUCCACGCCGAGAACGAGGACAAGCCCAACACCGACUACACCUUGACUAUCCAAAAGCUCAGCGGCAACCCCAAGGACAACAAGCACGGCGGUCCUAAGGCCGUUGAUUUCUCCAAGUGGUCCAAGAUCAAGGCCAGCGCUCCUGAGUCCUGGGACUUCUCCUACAACAAGGAUGCUGCUGCCUACUGGAAGGGUCAGGAUGGCGACAAGGCCGCCGCUACCCCCGUCCACGUCGCCUCGACCGCUUGGCGCGGAGUCCAGAUCAAGGAACCUGGCACCUACAAAGUUACCUUGAAGUACAACAGCGGCAAGACCACCGAGGCCGUCUGGACCGUCAACCCCGUCAAGAAGCGCAAGGCUAAGAACGUUGUCUUGUUCAUUGGUGACGGUAUGACCACCGCUAUGAUCACUGCCGCUCGCUUGAUUUCCCAGCCCCACAUUAACGGCAAGUACCAGAAGCACCUCAACCUCGACCAGUUCCCUGUCCUCGGCCACAUCAUGACCCACUCCUUGGACUCUUUGAUCACCGACUCUGCCAACUCUGCCUCGGCCUACAACACUGGCCACAAGUCCUCCGCUGGCGCCUUGGGUGUCUACCCCGAUUCGUCCACCAGCCCCUUCGAUGACCCUAAGCAGGAGUUGCUUGCUGAGCUCUUGCGUCGCCGUUCCAAGAAGAACGGUGGUGCCGGAGGUGUCGGUAUCGUCACCACCGCUGAGGUCCAGGAUGCCACCCCCGCUGCCGUCUACGCCCAUACUCGCAACCGUGAUGAGAAGGCUACCAUUGUCGACCAGAUGAUUCACGGUGCCAACCCCGUUGUUGCCGAUGUCAUUCUCGGAGGUGGUGGAAAGUACUUCCACAGCAAGGCUGGAGGCAAGUCCCUCAACGGUACUGACUACUAUGCUGCCUAUUCCAAGGAGCGUGGCUACAAGGUCGUCAACGACAAGAAGGGUCUCCUCGACUACAAGGGCUCUGACCCCUUGCUCGGAAUCUUCCACUCCAGCAACAUGGAUGUCUGGAUGGACCGCAACGUCUACAAGAACAACUUGAACAAGAACGGCACCGACCCCACCGGUAACGGUCUCCCCGCUCUUAACCAGCCCAACUUGGACGAUAUGGUCAUCAAGGGAUUGGAGAUCUUGGAUAAGCGCCACCGCAAGGAGGGUUGGUUCCUCAUGGCCGAGGCUGCCUCCGUCGACAAGAUGAUGCACCCCCUUGAUUACGACCGCGCCUUGGCCGAUCUCCUCGAGUUGGACAAGUCCGUCGGUAAGACCAAGGAGUGGCUCAAGCGCAACAAGCUCGACAAGGAUACCUUGGUCCUCGUCACCGCUGACCACGGCCACUCCUUCGAUGUCUACGGUUCUGUCGACACCCAGUACUUCAACUCUUUCUCCGACUCUGAGGAGCUCGAGAAGAAGAACUCGGUCGGUACCUAUGAGAACUCUGGUUGGCCCUCGUACGUCGAUGCCGAUGGUGAUGGCUUCCCUGAUCAGUGGGAUGUCCGCUACACCCUCGCUGCCGGUACCGCCGGUUUCCCCGCCCACCGUGAGGACUUCCAGGUCAACAUCAACGGCACCCGUGUCCCUGCCGUCCCCAAGUCCAACUCUCACCACCACUACCAGGUCUACGAGCCUAACCCCGAUGAUGCCCCCCAUGGCAUCACCAAGAGCGGUACCUUGGGCACCACUGAGUCCGUCGGUGUCCACUCCCUCCAGGAUGUCCCCAUCUUUGCCUCCGGCCCUGGCUCUCACUUGUUCGCUGGUAUCCAGGACAACACCGAGAUCUUCCACAAGAUCUCUGAGCUCUUGGGUCUCGGCGAGCAGAACUAAGAGGUUUUUCUUCUACCUUUUUUUUUAUGACUAUACAACAAAGCGCUUCCCAGUCAAAUGUAAUACCAUAGUUCGCAUCAUCUAUUCUAUAUACCAGUCUUCAUAAUAGCGGGGAAUCAUCUGCAUAGAGUAUUGUCAGCCCCGCGUCCCAAAAUCUCAAAAUAAAUAAAAGUAAAACAGAAUUGCAAUGCUUUUUUUUUUUUUUUUU